AUGUAUUUUACCAAUUCAUUCAGCAAGGUGACAAAUAGUAACUUUCUGAAUCAUUGUGAGGUUGUGAGUCUUAAGAUAUAUAUCACCAUCAUUACUGAAUUAGAGCAUGAGCGUAGAAUUCUAGGUUCAAAGUGUUCUUCACACUUUGUUGUUAUUCAGUUUCUAAGUCAUGUCUUACUCUUUGUGACCCCAUGGACUGCAGCAUUCCAGGCUUCCCUGUCCUUCACUAUCUCCCUGAGUUUGCGCAAAUGCAAGUCCAUUGAGUCAGUGAUGCCAUCCAACCAUCUCAUCCUCUGUCAUCCCCUUCUCCUCAUGCCUUCAUUCUUUCCCAGCGUCAGAGACUUUUCUAAUGAGUUGGCUCUUUCAUCAUGCGGUCAAAGUAUUGGAGCUUCAGUUUUAGCAUCAGUCCUUCCAAUGAAUAUUCAGGGUUGA